UGUAAGAACAAAUAAAUAUUUUAUUUAUUUAUUUAUCGCAAAAAUCUUAAACCCACGUAAGAAACCCGGGUAUCCGAGUCUCCCUAGUUCUUGACCCGGAUUCGUGUAUGAUCAUCUUCUUCCUCCGCCUUCGAAACGGAACAGUUGAUGAAAUGCGGUCACAUUGAAUCGAUCAAAACCUCUCGGAGAUUUACAUAUAUACGGACGCCGAGAAUUGGGUCAAAAGAUUCAAACUUGAACUGGAUUGGGGCUGCGGCGGGGGAGAUAUAAACGCGCAACAAAGUACUUGCCACUGAGNNCCCCCCCCCUUGAUUCGUUUGCUUUCAUGUCUGUUUUGUAACUUGCUUGAUUUGAUUUCUAUGUGAUUUUUUUUUGUUCGAAUGAUUAGGAUGACCAAAUUGCUAGAUGAGGAGGUAGAAGAUGAUGAACAGUUCUGGAAUCAAGACGCCCUUAAAGAGGAGGAUAUCGAUCAAGAAUAUGAAGAAGAGGCUGAAGUAGCUGAUGUUUUCGACAGUGAUUUCGAUGAAGAUGAGCCCGAGCCGGAUGAAGAACGGGAGAAUGAACCAGAUGAAAGGCAUCGGGCAAAAAAGAGGUUGAUAUUUCCCGGAAAAUCUUUGGGAACGAAGAAAAAGAAAAAGAAACCACUCUCUAUGUUAGAGACAACAUCUGGAGACAAAAAAGAUCCUGAGCCAUCCACACCUUCUGAGCAUCAUGAUGCAUCUGAUGAUGUUGAGGAGGAGAGAAUGAUUAGAAAAUCAACAAGAACUUCUGUCAUUGUAAGACAAGCGGAAAGGGAUGCAAUACGUGCAGCGUUGCAAGCAACAAUGAAGGUUGGAUGAUUUUUUAUGAAGGAUUUGUUGUUUUUUAAUCAUUAUUAUCUCCUUCAAACAAUGGACUAACUAAUGUUUUAGCUUUGGGCAAAUAAUGGACUAAAUUGAAACGACACCUAAACUUCUCUUGCUUACUUUUCUAUGAAGUUUUGAGCCGUAAAUGAAGUAAUGCUUCAAGGGUCUCGGAAGCAACCUCUUUGUUUUCUAUAGGGGUAAUGUUGCGUACAUCUUGACCCCAGAUCCCAAUGGAGUUGGAAUUAUAUU